CACAGUGACGUAGCAUAAGUGAGACAGAGGCUCUCGGGAACAGCUGAAGUGAACUGUCGGCUCAAACCUGCUGCUGAAUCCUGUCGAUGCCUCAUAAAUGCUGAGUUAAAUGAUAACCGGGAGCCCUCCACAAUUAUGCACUUCUGCUUCAAAGUGUCUCCAUGUUUAACUUAAAUACGCUGCUCAAACGCUGCAGCAGCUUCUACUUAAGCUAGCGGCUACGGUAGCUCAGAAAGCUAACAUACCGUGUCUACGGGGCAGGUAGUCCGGGCAUGAAAGCGGAAAAGCCGACGGAUUUGAAGGUGGUCUUUCUUCGUUAAUGAUUUGUGUGACACAUUAUUGCGCAGUGAGCUAAGAAGUGGCUGCAGAUACGUCAGUAUUUGGCAAUAAAGACAAGCACCUGCGACAAAGCGAACGCUAAAGGUUGAGCUAACAGCAGCUAGCUGCAACAGCGACAGACAGCCCGAGACGUUUCUGGUGCUGAGGCAAGAGAUGGCCAGUUACCCUGCAGCAGCCUUUGCCAGCCAGGCUAACGGAGACAACACACCGGGACGAGGGUCCGGCGGUGACCGCUUAUGUCACCACACGGAGAUAGAGUCAGACAUCGUCCCCACAGCGAAGAGCUUAACACGACUGUGCAGCAGGGACGAGGACGAGCGGGUAGCGGCUCUGGAGGAGCUGAGCCAGCGGGUUCUGGUGUGUUUGGGACUGGACAAGCCCGGUUCGGCACGGCUGAGUAAGCAGACUUUGCUGCAGUUGCUUCGGCUGUCCCGGUCGUGUCCGCUGCGGGAGGUGCGGGAGAGGGCAACCGAGCUGCUGCGGACUGCACAGGAACAAGGAGUUGAAGUACCUCGGGUUUUGGCCCAGGGUCCAAGUGCCUUUAUUCCUGCAAAACAGAUGAUGAAGAAAGACAUGGACCAGGAAAUUCUCACGGAGUCCUUCUUGUCACUGGGUCGUGUUGACCACAUCACCAUGGUGAUGGCGCUGCACCCUGCCUACCUCAGCUGCUUCCUGAAAGCCCAGCAUGCUUUGUUGGAGAUGGACGGCCCCCUGCCCUGUCACUGGAGACAUUACAUUGCUAUAAUGGCUGCAGCGCGUCAUCACUGUUCAUACCUGGUGCAGCAGCACAGUGCAGGCUUCCUGGAGGCUGGGGGAGAGGAGAGCUGGCUGAGUGGAAUCCAACACGCUCCCACCAAACUCCGCAGCCUGCAGACACUCAACAAACUGCUGGCACACCGACCCUGGCUCAUUACCCAGCAGCACAUCGAGGAGCUGGUGUGUCCUGGUGCAGAGCCUCGCUGGUCACUGGCUGAACUCAUACACGCUGUGAUCCUGAUGGCACACGCUCACUCACUCUCCUCUUUCGUGUGGGCCUGCGGCUUAAGCCCAGAACCCGACCACAUCGGAGGUUACACCUUCCGUCCUCCUUCGCCCAGUCACCUGCCCCGUAGUCCUCGUAGUCCCAAUAGUCCUCAUAGCCCUGCUCAUGAGGAUGGAAGACAAGAGGGAACGAUGGAGGUGGAGGUGUUGAUGAAGAGGAUGGUGGAGCUGCAGCAGCAGGAGGAGGAGUGCACACAGGAGGAGAUGGUGACCCGCUUUGAGAGGGAGCGGAGUGAGAGCAUACCAACAGCUGUGGUGCGGGAGGCUCCACCUGACCUGGUGCUGUGCCUGGUGGAGGAUCCUGAGUUCAGAUAUGAGGAUUUUGCACCCAGAGGAGAGCAGGCUCCGCCCACCAUGAGAGCUCAGGAUUAUUCCUGGGAAGACCACGGCUUCUCUCUGGUCAACAGACUACUGCCUGACAUGGGUCAGCUGCUGGAUGAGAAAUUCCAGGUGGUGAGCAACAUGACAUAUCACAGGAUGGCCAUGCAUGAAGGUGUGGACACACACACUCUGAGAAAAGCUCUGUGGAACUACAUACACUGCCUCUACGGGAUCCGAUACGACGAUUACGAUUACGGCAGCGUGAAUGUGUUGCUGGAGCGCUCUCUGAAGGUGUUUGUCAAAACCAUGGCCUGUCACCCUGAGCAGACCACGGCACGCAUCUACCACUCCUUCUGGAGGCACUUCAGACACUCGGAGAAGGUUCAUGCAAACCUGAUAGUGAUGGAAGCUCGACUCCAGGCAGCUCUCCUUUACACCUUACGAGCCAUCACACAUUACAUGAGAUGACAGUCAGUCCAGUUUUUGCAGACGCUGAGCCAGCUGUGACGUACCACACAGCCCUAUGCAUUACACGACAUCCACAGUAAAGCUUACACACGCCACACACACACACACACACACACACACUACACUACACUGAAUGUCUAUAAAUGCAUAUCUUUAAGUGUUAAUGUUUUGCUGCUGCUUUGCAACAGGGAUGUCUCGUAUUUAAAUGUGUUACUAACUUUGCACUGAAGUGUAUCAGGUUCUGUUUUCCCCUCACUCAGACCUGACGUGGCUACAUGUUUGCCACAUGUUCACCAGGUGAGCAGGUGGAUUUAGGACUGGUAUUACUAAAUUAUUAUCAUCAUUAUCGUUGUCGUGAUUCAGGUGUUUUUCUCCUCAGAAAUCUAAGU